CCCUAAAAUGAGUCGCAACACAGGCAACUUUUUGUUGCGCUCAUGGUGAUAAUUUAUUUUCAGUACAGAUUUUCAUCAAAGCUUGAUAAAUUCAUGAUAGCCACAUCAAUAAUCGCGUCGUUUGUGGCCGGAAUUACGCUGCCAUACGCCAUAACUCUAGUGGCAAACGUGUUUCAAAACAUGAUUACGUACGACAAGGCGGUGCAAGCUGGGACUCAGGAUGCCGAAGCUUUUCUACUGAGCAUGCAUUACUUUGGCGUCAAGUACUCAUUGAUUGGCGUCCUGUUAUUCUUUUGUGCAUAUCUAGGAUCUGCAUUUAUGAACAUUACUGCUAUAAAUCAGGUGUACAAAAUCAGAGAAGAAUAUUUAAAAGCAGCUUUAAAUCAGGAUUUUGCGUAUUUUGACUGUCAUCAAACUGGAGACUUCGCAUCUAAAAUGGCAGAGGAUGUAAUAAAGUUAGAGGAAGGUAUCGGCGACAAGCUGUCGGCAUUCGUGUACAGCGUGACAACGGCCAUAGGUUGCAUCCUCAUGGCGAUGCUCAAGGGGUGGAAGUUGGCUCUCCUGUGUCUCACCACUACGCCGAUCACGUUUACGCUGGUCGGCUUGACUGGACGAAUAGCAGAUCGUCUCUACAAGCAAGAGGCGCUUGAGACAGGUCGAGCUAGUGCAAUUGCACAGGAAGUACUGAGCUCCAUUCGAACAGUAUACUCUUUCAAUGGUCAGCAGAAAGAAUUGGAGCGGUAUAAAAUACCACUGGCGGCUGCUAAGAAGAUUCAUAUCAAGAAAGAAUUUUUCACAGGCCUCUCGAUGGGUUUUCUGUUCUUCUGCAUAUUUUGCUCGUAUGCUUUGUCAUUUUACUUCGGAAUUUAUCUCAUGAUAAACGAUCCGGAAAACUACAAUGCUGAUGUUAUGUUUUCAGUGUUUUUCGGUGUAAUGACAGCCCUUGGAAAUCUUGGCAUGGUGGGCUCUCUAGUACGUUCGUUUGGCCUGGCCCGAGGGGCUGGAGCUCAGAUAUUUCAUCUUUUGCAAAAUGAGCCAACAAUUAAUCCACUGUUGGACCGUGGCUUGAAGCCCUUUGCGCCUGUAGGAACUAUCGAAUUAAAGAACGUAGUGUUCCACUAUCCGUCUAGACCUGAUGUGCCUAUAUUGAAAGGUGUAAGUCUGACCGUGCAACGCGGACAAUCCGUUGCUCUCGUUGGACACUCUGGUUGCGGGAAAUCUACAAUCAUACAACUCAUUUCCCGGUAUUACGAUGUCAUUAGUGGCAGUGUGUGUGUGGACAAUAUGGACGUGCGUGACCUGUCGGUACAAUGGCUGCGGGCGCAGAUCGGGCUGGUGCGCCAGGAGCCGGUGCUGUUCAACAACACGGUGCGGGAGAACAUACGGUUCGGCCGCGAGGAUGCCACCGACGCAGACAUACGAGAGGCUGCUAAGGAGGCUAAUGCUCAUGUCUUCAUCACCAAACUGCCGAAGGGCUAUGAUACACUGGUAGGCGAACGUGGUGCAUCGUUGUCCGGCGGUCAGAAGCAACGGAUAGCGAUAGCCCGCGCUUUAGUACGAAAUCCUCGAGUUCUUCUGUUGGACGAGGCAACUAGCGCCCUGGAUACUGCUUCCGAAGCUAAAGUGCAAUUGGCACUUGAUAAGGCUGCGGAAGGACGUACGACGGUCAUAGUGGCUCAUCGACUGUCCACCAUUCGACAUGUUGGCCUUAUAUACGUGAUGGACGAUGGCCAAGUCGUGGAGUCAGGCACGCAUGAAGACCUGAUGGCCAACAAGGGGCACUACUAUGAAAUGGUGAAUCUACAGGAGCCUGAACAUGUCGUCGCUACAGAAGAUCAUACGCUGGUUAGAUCGGAAUCUAGCGCGUCAGAUAAUGAAGGUGCUGAAGCUUUGACACUAGUGGAAGAAGACGAAGAAGUGAAAAGGUCUCGUAUGUCGUUCUGGCGGUUGAUAGCCAUGAAGUCGCAGGAAUGGAGGUGGCUGGCGGUGGGGACGGUCUGCUCUAUCGUCAUCGGGUUCUCUAUGCCGCUUUUCAUCGUUGUUUUCGGCGAUUUGUUCGGUUCUAUGUCGGACCCCGACCCUAAUAAGUUAAUGGAAAAAGUAAAGAAAGUAUCCCUUAUGUGCAUAUGUAUUGGACUUGUGAUGGGCACGUCUAAUUUGAUUGAAGCUGUAUCAUUUGGGGUGGCAGGCGCGCACAUGACUGAGAGGCUUCGUUCUCGAAUGUUCGAGCACCUUCUGCGACAGCACGUGGCGUUCUACGAUGAGAGAAGAAACUCCACCGGCGCGUUGUGCGCCAAACUGUCGGCUGAGGCUGCAUAUGUGCAAGGUGCGUCUGGCCAGCGGAUAGGCAUAUGUCUGCAAGGCUUCGGGGCCAUAGGCCUGGCGCUGGUAUUGGCCAUGCUCUUCGAGUACCGUGUAGGAUUGGUCGCGCUGUGCUUUCUGCCGCUCAUCGCUUUCGUAGUGUACCAGCAGGUCAAGGCCGUAAGCCAGGAGUCUUUUGGAAACGCCAAGUCUUUGGAGAAUAGCACUAAGGUGGCCAUAGAGGCGGUGAGUAACAUUCGCACGGUGGUUUGCCUUGGCCAGGAACGUCUAUUCGUUCGAGAGUACGUGCGUCAACUGGCCCCAGCACUUAAAGACGCCAAGAAGGCCGCGCACUGUCGAGGACUCGUCAACGGCCUCUCGCGUUCCAUUUUCAACUUCAUCAAUGCCACAGCACUGACAUACGGUGGAAGUCUCAUUGUGGCUGAGGGUGUUCCCUACGAAAAUAUUCUAGUGACUACACAGUCUUUGCAAAUGGCGUCAGGUCAAGCGCAGAACGCGUUCACGUUCGCUCCCGAGUUCCAGAAGGGCGUGAGUGCAGCUUCCCGAAUCGUUGCACUGCUUGAAACGAAGCCACAGAUAUGUGAUCCGGCUACACCUGUCAUCACUCCAUUUAGGCCGAAGGGUGAGGCGAGCUUACAUGAUGUGCAGUUUCGAUACCCCAGCAGGCCGGGAGUGCAAGUAUUACGAGGGUUGGACUUGAAGGUUGAGAGAGGCAAAACGAUAGCGCUGGUCGGGCACAGCGGCUGCGGCAAGAGCACGGUCAUACAACUUCUGCAGAGAUACUACGAUCCUGACGUCGGAGAAGUGUGUUUAGACGGGUUACCUCUGCCGGGGCUGUUGCUCUCGGAGGCUCGUUCGGGCUUCGGCCUGGUGUCACAGGAGCCUGUACUCUUCGACUACAGUAUUGCGGAGAACAUCGCGUAUGGGGACUAUGAACGUGGGCCUACGCACGAAGAGAUCGUGCAGGCAGCCAAGCAAGCUAACAUACAUAACUUCAUUGUGUCAUUACCGCAGGGGUAUGAGACGAACAUAGGCGCAAAAGGCAUGCAGUUGUCUGGUGGACAGAAGCAGAGAGUGGCAAUAGCGCGGGCUCUGAUACGACAUCCCAAGAUUCUGCUCCUAGACGAGGCCACUAGUGCUUUGGAUACUGAAAGCGAGAAGGUAGUGCAAGAGGCUCUAGACGCCGCCAAAGCGGGUCGCACAUGCGUGACCAUCGCGCACCGGCUGAGCACGGUCCGCGACGCCGACCUCAUCUGUGUGAUCGCCAAGGGACGGGUCGCUGAGGCCGGCACACACCACCAACUGCUCGAAGCUAAGGGCUUGUACUAUGAUCUACACGCUCACGCCAUAUAAAUCGUUAUGUC